AAACAAGAAGAAGAAGAAGAAGAAGGCGUCAACACUCAACAGUCACUUCAAGUCAGCUUCCACUUGGUUCUGCGUGGAGGCAGCAGCAGCAGCAGCUGCAGCGGCGCGGCACUCUUCGCUCCUGACGAGACUUUCUUUUCUUUUGUUUUGUUUUGUUAAAUUUUGUUGCCUUUGCGAGCGUCCACGCGCGGCGAUGACAAGCGUUGUCGCGGGCUCGGCGGCGCUGACGUGCGCGGAAGCCGCCGCCGGUGCCGACGCCGCCGCUGGAUGACCGCCGCACAUUCGUCAAUUUGUUGUUGUUGUUGUUGUUUUUUUCCCCCUCUCACGAGUUAACGUGAAGCGAGGACGGCACUAGCGACACUUUUUUUUCUUUGAACUUGCUGUAUUUGAAUUUAUUUAUUAUUAUUAUUAUUAUUAUUCUCCCCCCCCCCAAUAACUGGUGUUUUUGAGGGAAUUUGAACCAUGUUGGCUGGAUCCAAAAGCACGUUCAAAGUCAGACAAAUGGAGACGGACAUCAAGUCACUGUCUGGUGGAAACUUCCCAUCUCCAAAUUUGUUCAAUUUCAUAUUUUCCCCCAUAUGGAUAUACUAUUGGUCAGCCCCCACGAGAGGCUGCUGAGUCAGAGCGGGAUGAACGCGAGGGGUCGAGAUGUCUUCGAACUACGUUGUCUUCCAGGCGAGUGCGUGCUGCAGCGGGCCGUCAUGGUGAGGAAGAAGCUGACGGCGAGCGAAGGGAGAGGUUGGCUGUCGGGAACGCUCUUCUGCACUCACUUCCGAGUCGCCUUCGUGCCCCAGGAUGCUCCCAAAGCCGACGACAAUGCCGACCCAAUUCUUUUGGGGGAUCAUGACGUAGCCUUGGCGUCGAUAGAGAAAGUCGUCGUCGUGGGCCCCAACAGGACCAAGUUGGUGACCCCAAACUCUUCGCUCAAGUUCACUCCGGAGGAGCUGGUGCUUUACUGCCGCGACCUGAGAGUCGUCUGCUUCCUGUUCGACCGCCUCACCCCCGACGCCCAGGUCAUCGAGAUAACGCACGCCAUCGCCAAAACCUACCAGCCUCUCAAACCGGGCUCCGUCUUGUCCUUCCAGAACGCCGCCCUCGGUAGCGUAGAAAUGAAGCAGUUUCUAAGCAACCGGCGGCGGGACGCCCACAUGAACUGGCACGAGUCGGCGGCGGACUGGCAGCGCGAGCUGGAGCGCUGCGGCGCCACCGGCUGGAGAGUCAGCUCCGUCAAUGACCGCUUUGAGAUGUCCACAAGUCUUCCAAGGUUCAUCGUUGUUCCACAGAAGGUUCUAGACACAGAGUUGAAGAAAAGCUUCGCCCACUUCAACGACGGACGCAUCCCUCGCUGGUGCUGGCGACACCCGCGCGGCAGCGACCUCCUGCGCAUGGCCAGCUUCCAGAACAACAUCUACCACGAGAAGGACGACAUCAGGAACCUGGAGCUCAUCCUGUUCGGGUGCCAUUCGUCCCUGUGCGUGGUGGUGGAGCUCGGCGAGGAGCUGCCCUCGACGGCCGACAUCCAGCUGGCGCACGGCCGCCUGCGAGCGCUCUGUCUCGGAGACAUCUCCACGUCCGUGACCGUGCCGGACGACAAGUGGCUGUCCACGCUGGAAGGGACUCACUGGUUGGACUACACCAGGUGGUGCCUAAAGAAAGCUUCGGAGGUGGCGUGCCUCCUGCGCGGUGGUCACAUGACUGUGGCGCUGCAAGAGGCGGAGGAUCGAGACCUGAGCUGCGUGGUGUCCAGCCUGGUGCAGGUGAUGUGCGACCCUCACUGCCGCACCCGCCGAGGCUUCCAGAGCCUGGUGCAGAAGGAGUGGGUGACGGCGGGCCACCGCUUCUACAGCCGCGGCAACUAUCACCGCGACAACGACAAAGAGGAGGCUCCCGUCUUCCUGCUCUUCCUGGACUGCGUGUGGCAGCUGUGGUCUCGGUACCCGUCUCGCUUCCAGCUGAGCGAUGACUUCUUGCUGGCGCUGCACGACAGCGCCCACCUGCCGCUCUUCUCCAGCUUCCUUGCCAACUCCCAACGGGAGAGAAGCAGAGGCUCACAGAACCUGGGCCAGUGCUACACGCCCGUCAACGGCUGGCGAGACCCGCUUCACCCGGAUAGCGGCCCGGAGCCGCCCGACCCGCCGUUGCCGCCCGUGUGGGACUGGUCGCUGCGGUACAGCGAGCGGCGGCAGGCCGGGUUCACGCAGCCCGUCCCGCCCGCGUCCGCGCCGCGGCCGACGCUCAACGGGAACCUCAACGCCGACCUGGAGGCCGGCAAGCCGAGCGACGCCAGCCCCGGGUCCGUGUUCCUCCUGUCCCGGGGCGUCUUCUCCUGUCCCGCCAACCUGCUGCCCUGGCGGGGCGGCGUGGGGAGCGGUAUUUCGGGCGUCUACCGGAAGAGCCACCGGAGGGCGCCGUCCUCGGAGAGCGUCCCCGGGUUGGAGAGGCUGCUGAGGGCUCGGUCCCUCACCGAGGCCCCCUCGGGGCCGCCGCCCGACCCCGUGCAGGACCCCUACGAGCCCUUGCUGCCCCUCCUCAUGGGGCCCUGCGUGGGCCUGUGGAAGGAGUGUUACCACCGGGGGGCGCUGCAUGCUCAGGCUUUCUCGCACCCGCUCAGCGCCAACCACCGCCACCCCGUGGAGCUCCUGGGCCGGGAGGUGCAACGCCUCCAGGAGCGGCUGGCCCGGGCGUGCCCCGCCUCCUCCUCCGCGGAGACCCCGCGGCCGCGGCCGGCCGGCUUCGCCGACCUCAACCACAACGCCAACAACGGCACCUUCCUCUUCCCCAGGCAUCACGGAUCCGCCAGCCCCCCCAAAGCGCCCCCCGCCCCCUCUGCCGCGCCCGCUCUGGCGGCCGCGCCCAAAGAAAAUGCCAACAAACACACCUUUCUCUUCGGGCACGCCACGGACGCCCGCCUGGGACGCGCCAACUCCAAAGUGCCCAAAAGCAACGGAAGUUAGUCGUGUGCCCCCCCCCCUCCCCCUCAUCCCCAGCUUCUUCUUCUUUUGUGGUUUUUGACACCUAAAAAUACCAGAUAAGACGAUGACGACGACCCACAAUGCACUUGGAGACCUCCAUGACACAUUUUCUGCAUGAAAGGAGGCGUCUAUUUUUAGGCUGCAAAUGGAAAAAGGGUGUCGAGAUUGAAAAGGUGCUUGCAAAACUUUUCACAAGUGGAAACUUUUCAUGGGAACUCAUUCACUGCCAGCCAUUUUCAAAUCAGCGUUGCCCAUGUUUGCAGCCAUUUUACAGCGUUUUGAAUGACACCUCAAACGCUAACAACAAAAACAAGACUGAGAAAGGGCUACUGAUGGCAAAAUAAUUUCAUCAUUUAUUUACAGAUUUCCAACUAAGAAACGCGACGCUGACUCGGCGCCUGGCUUAAGUCGAGCGUCAGUGGCUUUUUUACGAUGUUCGCCAUUCAUUCUGUGAACUGCGUCAUCUUUUCUCACCAUUGUGGCACACAGUUUCUACUACCUAGCGUGACACAUACCGUUUAUAUCGCACAUAUACAGACUCUGUCGGAGUUUAAGGGUGCCUAACUUGUCCACCGUCCGUGUUGGCAUUUCUCUUCCUCACGAUCAAUGUGACAAGCUGAGAUUCACUGCGUAAUUUUUAUCUUCUACUCAAAAGCCGUGCUGAUCAAAAUCCAAAGCGAAGCAACGUCGCCAUCUGCAGGCAAUCAUGUCGUCAUUAGUUAUUUACAAACUGGAAUUUCACAGACGAGCUGGGCGACACCCACUUCCACAUGUACCCCUUGAAAACGUAUUUGACGAAUAUAGUCGUCGGUGGCAGUCAACGGCUGGAUUGAAAUUGACGAAAAUAAACGCCCGCUGCAAAGAAUGCGUUAGUAGUAAAUUGGUGAAAAUAGAUUCUAGCCUCACCUUGACGUAAGGGGUGUCCCAACUUAAGUUUUUCCAGUUAGGAGGUUGCUUUUUUUAAAUUUUACUUUCUGCUGCAAGCUAAAAUUUGAGUUUUGAAUACGCCGCCGCUCAAAGGUAAUGGAAUCCCCUCGCAUGUGGGCAAUGAGCGCUAUCUAUUUUGCACAGAUGUCUGCUUAUGACAAAACAAUCUCAAUUAGAAUAGUGUCCAAAAAAAGUUUCAUUUAGUUAGGUGCUUCACUUUAAAAAAUGAAACUCAUAUUACAAAUGUAAUGCACACGCUCCAAGUGAAGUUUUUCAUGAUUUAAAAAAAAACUAGAAUAUUACCCAACAAACAAUGAAAAUAAUUUUUUAAUUCAGAAAUUAGGCAGGAAUUUGCCUAAUCUGAAAAGUAUUUUCUUGAGUGAUGAAUGAAUCUAUAUAAUGUAUGAAUACUGAAGUAAUGGAACUUUUCGACCAUAUUCUCAUUUCUUGAGAUGCGCGUGUAUUUAUGACUGAAUUUUCCAUUUCAUUAAAUUAGCCUUCAAUUCCCAGUUAGUUCCCAUGAAAAGUCUCGAACUUGGAGUAUUUACAAAAAGGGCCCAUUUUUAAAACUCACAUGAAAAAUUUCCCGGCAUUUGCGGCCACACUUGCGACUGGACACUGCAUUAGGUACGCCCGCCGACCUGCACUGACAAAGCAUGCCAAGGCCAAGUGUACCUAAUGAGGUGUCCGGUGCCUUUCAGGUUUUAUCCGAGGAGGAGGAGGAGUGCCGUGCCCACUGACGUUUCCUUGUGGAAUUUGGGGCAUGAGAGUUAUUUUGGUAUUCCGCGCUCACUGCAGCCCACACAUGAGCGAGCGAGGCCCACAUUUCCCUCGCACAACAUAACGGCCUUAUUUUGAGGGGGGGCGGGAAAGUCCUACCAUGUUCGCAUCUUGGACCAAAUGUAGUAUUAUUAUUUGAAAAAGGUGUUCAACCUUUGAGGUGAUUUCCUUCUUUUGUUUACCGUUUUCUAGUCAGUGUUGUGCUGAAAGAACAAAGCAAGUUCCUGAAGGAAAAUUCCAUUUUCCCACAAAUUUGUUGGCGAGGGCUCGGCCACCCUUUUCCGCCACUACCGCCAGAAAAAUAGGUACGGCUUCCCAGGAUGCACGUUGGCAAAAUUUGGGGAGCCCUCGAAACAGCAUUUUAAAACAAAGCAAUUCCAAUAACGACAAACAACAAAGUGGUUUCAAUUCAUUUGUGGAGCAAUAACGGUAAGAAACCAAUUUCAAUUUGUUUCCAGAAUGAGAAAAGCUCUAUUUAAAUGAGUUUCUGGAAUAAUAAUAGUCAUCAGAAACAAAGCAGUUUUAAUUAGUUUGCAGACUUAAGUUGAUACAAAACAUUAUAUGCUGGAAUAAGAACCACAGCCAUUUUCAUUGAGUUUCUAUAAUUAUAAAAAGAAACAAAGUCUUUUUCCGGAAACGAUAAGAAACAAAGCAGUUUGACGAGUGACCAAGUGAAGAAAAUGGCCACCCGUGUUUUUGAAUGACGUUCGAGCAUCGUUGACGCCUUUAUACCAUUCGUGGAACUUCUUUUCCAAUUCAAGACAUUUUGGUACAAAUUUACCAGACGUACAUUUUGUAUUUGUAUCAGCGUGUUUUUGUUCUCAUUAAAUAAAAAAACAGCACUGGGACUUGUGCAACACAG